GCCCCAUCAUUGGUGUCAGUGGGAGGAAUUGGGCCCCAUCAUUGGUGUCAGUGGGAGGAGGAAUUGCGCCCCAUCAUUGGUAUCAGUGGGGAGAAUAGUGCCCCAUCAUUGGUGUCAGUGGGGAGAAUAGUGCCCCAUCAUUGGAUCAGUGGGAGGAAUAGUGCCCCAUCAUUGGUGUCAGUGGGGAAGAAUCGUGCCCCAUCAUUGGUGUCAGUGGGAGGAAUAGUGUCCCAUCAUUAGUGUCAGUGGGAGGAAUAGUGUCCCAUCAUUGGUGUCAGUGGGAGGAAUAGUGCUCCAUCAUUGGUGUCAGUGUGGAGGAAUAUCGGCCCAUCA